AUGGCGAUCGGUCCGACACUUGGCACCGGCCUGUUCAUCGGCGCUGGCCAGGCUCUCGCUGUUGGCGGGCCCGCAUCGCUGCUCCUGUCGUAUAUAAUCCUCUCCCUCCUUACCUAUGCAAUGACCACGACCGUUGCUGAAGUGUCUACUCAUAUGCCAUCGCGGUAUGGAACACUCGUCACAAACGGCUACCUGUACAUGUCAAGCAGUGUUGCUUUCGCUUCAACAUACCUCCGAUGGUACGCACUCGCUCUUUUUGUCCCAUACGAAACAACAACGGCUAUGGCCAAUCUUGGUCUGUGGAAACCGGGAACUGCAGUUGGCUCCAGAUUGGCUAUCAUCACGGCUAUCGUCGUGGGAAGCAACUUCCUCCCUGAGAAAGCCUUCAAAGCCUCCGAGCGGCUGUUCACUUGGAUCAAGAUCGGUACCAUGGCCACUCUUUUCGUCCUGGCUUUAGCUCUUGGCCUCGGAGGUCUUGACGGACAGACACCUUGGGGGUUCAAAUAUUGGAAGCAGCCAGGAGCCAUGAAUGAGUACAUCAUCAGUGGCGUGCGGGGACGGGCCUUGGGCUUCUUCCAUUGUCUUCUCGAUAGCUCUAUUGCGUUCACAUUCGCCCCAGAGCUCAUUGGUCACCACGCUGAGAUUCCUGCAGUGCUUGGCGAGUCCGCAAUUCUCAGCGCAACCAUUCCCGGAAAAGUCACAUCAGACGUGCUUCAAACAGCCUUUCCUUAUAUUCUGAGUUCUGUGGCCAUGGGUGUGAUGGCUCCGUUUAACGAAACGCGCUUGACCAACAAUGGUACAGGCUCUGGAAUAUCGCCCUACCUGAUCGGCCUCAAAGACGCACAUAUUCAGAUCGUACCCACGAUUGCAACCAUUGCAAUUCUGCUCUCCUCGGUGGCCUCCGGUCGGUCUUUCCUCUUCCUGUCUUCUCGCACACUAUGUGCCAUGUCGGAACUCGGCCAUGCCCCCUCGGUGUUCUCAUCACGCAAUCGCUGGGACGUUCCUUAUAUGGCUGUUUUGGCGUCUAGUCUGUUCACGAGUCUUGGCUUCAUAUCGGUGAAGUACUCGAGUUCAGUUACGAACAACUACCUCCUUCGUCUGGUCACCAGCGCCGGCUUUCUUUCCUCAUUGGUAUCAUGCAUAACCUACCGUCACUUCCGUCAAAGACUGAGGGUAAACCGAAUCACCUCUCGACACAGCUUCGCCGUGCAGCCCUUCGGCACCUAUCUUGGGAUGUUCGUCAGCACCCUACUGUUGAUAGCCGGUGGCUUGUGGGGAGGGCCCAAAGACAAAGUGAAGGGGCCUCGCAGUAUGAGACUACUUGCAUCAUACAUCAACAUUGGCCUUUUCGCCUUGUUAUUCCUGUUUCAUCGAUUCCAAGACGCCGUGCCUGUCGUUGAGGUUGAAAGGCCGAUCGAGAUGAAUCGACGAAGAUGGGCGGAUCAGGCUGGACCAGAGUCUCGAACACAGAAGGCGCUUCCACGUCGGCGGAAGCUUGAUGCAAUUCCCGAGAAUGUGGGGGCUUUCGAGUUGAACCUCAAUCAGACAAUGUUCGAAGGGCCUUGA